CAAACGAUUUUUUAAAUUUUUUGGUAAUUUUUACGUCCUUACGUUAUUACAACAAAAGAAUAAAUUAAAAACAUUUAACAACGACUGCUCGCAUUCUAUAUACUAUAUAUCGGAAUGUGUGUAUUUUGUAUAUGUAUGUGUGACUAAUUGAAAAUUGAUGUGCAGUCGCAGAGCGUCAACUGCAAACAAGUGUAACAACAAUAACAACAACAAUUCGACGAGUAUUGUAAUUAGAACUGCGCAAAUUGCAAGCUUAUGAGUUCGACCCAUUUGACAAGAAAACAAAAAAAAUAUUAAGUGUUUACCAUAGGUUUAUUCAACCGUCAAAAAUGCCAGGAACUGCAGCUUAAUCAUUUUCCCCAGCCAAGUGACAAUAAGCAAUAAGCGAUCCCCAACAUCAGAGAUCCCAGCAAACCAGCAACAAUAACAACAACACAUCAAUCACAACCGCCGCGAUGCCUGCCAAACUGUUACCACAACAAAUGCACUUGUCAGGGCCAGGAACAGGGCCAGGAACAGGGACAUCGACAGCUAAUGGCGGACCACGUGUCAGCUUCAAUCGAGAUGUUCAUGUGAAGCGCAUAGCUAAGCGUGCCAACGAACCGUCGGAAUACGAUUACGAGACGACAAAUCUACAGCCUAUCGCUGGCACAUCACAAGGAUAUCAUCAGCUGCCGCCGGAUAUUGAUCCUGAGGACAUACGCAAAGAAGCGGCACUAGUCAUUGCUCAGGCAGGCCAGCAUCAGAGCAAGGCGGCCAACGGCGAUAAUAUACCCACAUUCCGGGUCAAACAGAAGCGUCAGAGUGUGCCAACUGAUUCGCAGCGAUUUCAUUCACUGCCAACGCGACGCAAGAAAGGCAAACCUGUGGCCCGCAGUGUCAGCGACGCAGCGGCAGCCAAGAAACCCACCAAGCGACCCUCGAUCUUUGGACUGUUCAGUCGCAAGAGCGACACGAAUGUCAAUCAAUUGGAGCGAGAUCCACGCUUCGAAGACGGCGGCGGUCGACGUUUAGUGCGCAGCAAAAGUGAUGUUGGCAGUGGCCACAAGGAGGCCAAGAGUAGAGUAAACGCCAAACGGAGCGAACCCAAUCCGAGUGCUGCUAGCAAGCCACAGUUGACGCCUAUUAUUGAGCAAGCGCAGCGGGAGGAUUACUUUGAGCAGGACUACUUCCGAGAGCGCGAGCGACGCAAGUCAGACGCUGUUACUGUGCGCGAGAAGCAUGAGAGCGAGCAGGGUCUGACUGACCUGCUCACUCGGAGCCGUUCCAAGGCGGAGCUUGACGGACCGCUGCUACAGCAAUCGACUGGCCCCUCAACGGGUCCCUCAAUAUCCGCAGGCAUACGGGAUCGCAUCGAAACGCUCAAGUCCAAGUCCAGCGAGAAUAUGCAUAGCUCACAGCAGCCCGCGGAGCGUUUGCCCCUUACCAAAGGACGCACAGUCAAUGGCCUGGUGAAACGUCUGUCCAUGGAGCGAUUCUCACCGCAGCCGGCCAUCAUUAAUCAGCCAGCCUUCUCCUACAUCAGACCCAAUGAGGGUAUCACCUAUGCUCAGCUCGAUCAUAGCGAAGAGCAACAGCGUGUCUCUGGCCGAGAUUCACGCACUCCACAGCGGGACUUUGCGCCGGCAAGGCCGCCCAGAGCCACCGACAGACCGCUGCAUAGUCCAGCUCAGGGCAGAUAUUCACCUAUCCCGAAUGGAGGAGGUGCAACAACUACACGACUUGGUAACUCCCAUUCUCCUUCGCCCUGGCAGCAAUUAAGUCCACGCAACCUGAGUGAUGAGGAUGAGGGACUGGGAUUUGAGACCCGCAAAGUCUAUUACGAGGACGAGUUUCCGCAACGCGAACGAGACCGCGACCGAGAAGUGGAGCGACAACGGGAACUGGAGAUGGAGAGGGAAAGGGAGCGCGAUAGAGAGCGGCGUUCAGAGCCGCCAAUUGUGCCGGUCAUAAGAAGCGUCAGUCCUUCGCCCUACCUCGAUGAGCUGGGCUACAGGCGGGCCCAGUUGGAGAACCGCAUACUGACUCGUCGAUUCGGUGAGGUUAACACUUUAGAGCGACAUCAUCAGCAUCAACGACAAGAGCCAGAGCGGAUGCGCGAGUACUACAGCCCAGAGCGGGAGCGAGAACAGGAGAGGGAAAGGGAGCAGGCUACGGAGGAACGCUACCAGCAUCAUGCUGUGCAUCAGACCUAUUCUCCGGGUCGCUCACAGCCCGAAAUGACCAAUGGGGGCGGCACCACGCUGCCAAAGAUGGAGAAAAGCUCGCGUUAUCGCCAUACCAAGUACUAUGACGAUGGUCAUGGUGGCGUUAAGGAGACCUAUGUGAGGGAGACACAGAAGGAUGGACAAGUGCGCGAGUCACGGCAUCGGGAGCGUCUCGGUUCUACGCCGCGUGAUUAUCAUCCCGUGGAGUAUCAGGAGCAGGAGCCGAAGAGCCUGGACUCUCAGCUGACUGGAACGGAUCAGUACAGAUCGUCACCAGAGUUGCGCAGUCAGGAACGCGGGCGACUCUCCCAGCAGCAGGACUACUGGCAGAGCAGCCUGAAGCGCGACAAGCUGCAGCAGCGCAGUUUCGACAAGGGUGAUUCGGGCAUUGAGAAUGAUUUUCGCAAGGAGUCCUUUAACGGCGAUCUAACCACAAGAUGGCGCAAGCGCACUGCCCUGGAUGACAUGAGGGCCAGUGAAUCCUUUUUGCGCAAGGAGCGUCGCGAGAGUGCCCAGCAACAACAGCAGCUGGAGCAGCAGCGUCGCCAACGUCGUGAGCACAGCUACGUCUACCGAGAGCGUUCGAUUGACGAUGGGUCCCACUUUGAUCCGCACCUGGACAAGUAUCCGGUGUCGACCAGCACGUUGCGGCGACGGGAGCAGCAUGGCCAGCAGAAGCAGAACGAGGACUCGAGCACAUUGAAACGUAACAAGAAGCUGGGUGGCUUCGAAAAGGUGAAACAGCUGUUUACGGGUUCGGCAACCGGCAGCCAUGGCGGCAGCGGUCGCAGCAGCGCCAGCAAUGUGUCUAGCAGCAAAAAGGAUACGCAGUCCUCACGCCUCACCAAUGGCAAUAGCAGCACCUUAAGUCGACGCGACAAGGACAAGGAUAAAGUAAAGGAGAAGGAGCAGGAGCGUGAGAGGGAGAAGGAUAAGACCAAGGAGCGCUACAUGGUCCGGGAGGAGGAGAUGCGUUCACGCUAUCGCGAGCACCACGCACUGACCGAAGACACCUCACGCGAACCAAAGACAAUGGACAUCUCAAUGCGACGCCGGCUAUCCACACCGAAAGCUAGUCCGCUGCUGCUCAAGCGCGGCGCCACAGACAAGGCAUUGAAGAAGACCAAGGAAACUGCCACCUCGACGCCAGUCAAAGCCGAGAAGACCAGUUGGUUCAAGUCGCUGGAUCGCCGUGCCAAGAGCAAUCCCAAGGAGCAGCUAAAUGUGUCGGUCAAUGGACACAGCGAGGCCACCUCGAGUCUGAAGCGCAGCAAACGCAAUGCUGUCGCUGCGCCAGCCAAGAACUUGCGCUUCUUUGGCGACACGGACUUGGACUCGAAUCCGCCCACAAUAUCCAAGGCCACCAGCAUGCCCAGACGUCGCCCGCUGCUGGCGCACUCUAAGCACUCCCAGAGUGCUUACAACUUGGACCGCAGUCCGCCGCCACCGUCGCGUGACUAUCGCCACAGUCUGUCGGGUCAGGUGGCGACCACAGCGCGACAGCGUGCCAGCUCCAUGCAGCACUUGGAGCCAGGAAGCGAUGAGGUCGACUUCCGCAAGAGGCGCCACUACUCGCGAUCGCGCGAGCUGCAGGACAUCUCCGAGAGCGGUUCGGAGCCGGAGCCAGCGGAGCGACACAAGCGCGGCAAUGCGCAGCGUGCCAUGUCGCUGGAGCGUUCGGCGGAUAUGCCGCAACGCUUUGAGAAUCGGCCGCUGCUGGGACCCCCAAAGCCAGCGCGCAGUGCGGAUCGUCGUGGUCUGGUUGAGGGUGGCUUUGGCAAGGAACGGGAACGCUAUCCGGCUGAGAGCUCGGGCACCGAGGGCGAGUCUAGCCUGCAUAGUCAGCGGAGCGUGGUCUAUCUGCAUGCCACUACAGUGGGCGACAUUCCACAGCCAUACAAUCUGCGUCGUCGCUCCAUGUCGCGGGACGAUGUGCGCCGGGGCGGAGGAGGAGCGACGCCAGGAUCUGCCAUGGGCAAACCGCCGUUGCAGCCAAUGACGCGCACCGUGUCGCGUUCAGUGUCCAUGCUGGCGCCCUGGAAGCCCAAGCACAUCAGCGAGGGCUACGAGAUCAACUACUCCCAAGAGCAGAACAAGCGCAUCUCCACGCUGCCACGAAAACCGCCACCGCAUAAUGGAGCCACCAGUGCCAGCACCUUGAGCAGAAUCAAUCGCAAAAACGAGGUGCCAACGAGGCGACAAAAUGGUUACCACAUUGAUGAGCGUCCUCCUCCUUCCCGCUCGCUGUUGUCCACAUCGAAUUUACGCAGCGCGAAGACAAAGUGAGGGACACGAGACAAAAGACAGAUGGAGUGAGAGGGAAAGAGAGGGAAGAGGGGCUGGUGCUCUGCUGUUAAUAUUUAACUAUUCCUAGUUGCUAAUCGUAAUCAAUCCGAAUCGAAACAUAUUUCUAAUCAACGCAAAUCCGCUGACACUUAAGCUGCAGUCUGACAAUGGGCUGAGUGGAAAUUCGGCCCAGCCAAAAGCGGUACUUAGUUUUAUAGGGACUCUUAACCUUUGUUGCAAUUCUCGUCAUAUUGUAAAUGUGAAAUGUACGUAUUUUAAUAAAAUCACAACUCUUAACUUA